GGAAGAGGCGCCGAGCGGAAGAGGGCGGGAGCGAGCGAGCGAGGGCGGCCCGGGCCGGCUGUUGGCGGCGACUGAACUGAGUGAUUUUGGAUAGAACUCCAGUUUGCUAGAAGACCUUUUUGAAGGAGUUGUUCCGCAGUGCAUCAGCGCAAGUGACUGCUUUGCUUCUGAGUGACUUUACCGGUGCUUGCCUGCAUUGCAAUAAGACUCAUAUAUUGAGCAAGACAUUAUUUAUCUCUUCAUCUUGGAGAGCCUAAUAAACUGUUAUUACAGUUUCUGUACUCACUUUUCAAAGUUUUGAAGUCAAGAAAGACAUCUUUAUAAAGCAGAACAUGAGUACGGCCAGAACAGAGAACCCUGUUAUAAUGGGUCUCUCCAGUCAAAAUGGACAGUUGAGGGGCCCAGUAAAACCCAGCAGUGGUCCAGGAGGCGGGGGAACACAGGCUCAGCAGCAGAUAAACCAGCUGAAACAUCCCAACACAAUCAACAAUGGCACUCAGCAGCAAGCCCAGGGUAUGCCCUCCACUCUCAAACCUGGCGAUGACUGGAAGAAGACUUUGAAACUUCCUCCAAAAGAUCUGCGGAUCAAAACUUCGGAUGUGACUUCCACUAAAGGAAAUGAGUUUGAAGAUUACUGUCUGAAACGGGAGCUGCUGAUGGGAAUUUUCGAAAUGGGCUGGGAAAAGCCAUCUCCUAUUCAGGAGGAGAGCAUUCCUAUUGCUCUGUCUGGGAGGGACAUCUUGGCAAGAGCAAAGAACGGAACUGGCAAGAGUGGUGCCUACCUCAUUCCCUUACUUGAACGACUUGACUUAAAGAAGGACAACAUACAAGCAAUGGUGAUCGUUCCCACACGAGAGCUGGCCCUACAGGUCAGUCAGAUCUGCAUCCAGGUCAGCAAACACAUGGGAGGGGCCAAAGUGAUGGCAACCACCGGAGGAACCAACCUGCGUGAUGACAUAAUGAGGCUUGACGAUACAGUACAUGUGGUGAUAGCUACACCAGGGAGGAUUCUGGACCUUAUCAAGAAAGGAGUAGCAAAAGUGGACCAUGUCCAGAUGAUUGUUCUAGAUGAGGCAGACAAGUUGUUGUCCCAGGAUUUUGUUCAAAUAAUGGAGGACAUCAUUCUCACGCUACCUAAGAAUAGGCAGAUCUUGCUAUACUCAGCCACUUUCCCUCUAAGUGUACAGAAGUUUAUGAAUUCCCACUUGCAGAAACCCUAUGAGAUUAACUUGAUGGAGGAGCUGACGCUGAAGGGAGUUACCCAGUACUAUGCCUAUGUUACUGAGCGCCAGAAAGUACAUUGCCUCAACACAUUAUUCUCCAGGCUUCAAAUUAACCAGUCGAUCAUUUUCUGCAACUCCUCCCAACGGGUUGAACUGCUAGCCAAGAAAAUCUCCCAGCUGGGGUAUUCGUGCUUCUACAUUCAUGCAAAGAUGAGGCAGGAGCACCGCAAUCGAGUGUUCCACGAUUUCCGGAAUGGCUUAUGCCGCAAUCUUGUUUGCACUGAUCUGUUUACCCGAGGUAUUGAUAUCCAAGCUGUGAAUGUUGUGAUAAACUUUGAUUUUCCAAAGCUGGCAGAGACAUAUCUCCACCGUAUUGGCAGGUCAGGUCGGUUUGGCCACCUCGGCCUGGCCAUCAACUUGAUCACCUACGAUGAUCGAUUCAACCUGAAAAGUAUUGAAGAGCAGCUGGGGACAGAAAUCAAGCCCAUCCCCAGUAACAUUGACAAGAGCCUGUAUGUGGCAGAAUACCAUAGUGAACCCGUAGAAGAGGAGAAACCUUAACUGCUGCGCUUUGCUCAAGCACAGAAGCUAAAGCCCGUUGAUCCGGAUAUGUGACACGUUGUUUCUUUGGGGAUGCCCUUCUCUUUAUGGGUUUUUCAUCUUUUCAUUUUGGAUCUAUGAAGAUUAAAGAGCUUUUUUUUUCUUGUUCCCUUUUAAAAAAAAAUUCUGGCUGUGAGGAAGAAAGCAGAAGAUAGGAAGGAAAUACCAUUUUUGUUUUCCCACUUGUUUGCACUGUGUGCUGACUGAAAUUAGUUGCACUAACUGCUGGUUUUAAUUUCUUUCUUUGUGGAGAAGAAGAACUCUGAAAAGAGAAGACUCCUAAACACAAGCGUGACUGCCGUUUCCAGUUCCCCUCCAGCCACCCAGCUGAGUGCAUUUCAACUUCUCCCCCUGGCUCCUCAUCCGUCUUUAAGCUAAAGAGCUUGUUCCUUAUUUGUGCAAAGUGCCUUAUGCUAUAUGAGACCCUUCAGAAUAUCACCUUUCAGACACAGCCCAAGGAGUCAUUUUGGUCCAGAUCAAAGUCUCUCCCACCUCCAUCCCCUCCCCUCGACUGUCUCUCCCUUCCCCUCCAAACAAGCCGGGCUGGGAUGUAACACUUGUCAGUAAUACUUUUUGUUUAACCUUUUUUUUAAAGAAAAAAAUCAAAUGGAGGAGUUGAGAUGCAGUUGCAGUUCACCCACCUUGUAAAUAUGUGUAUUUAAACAAAAAGAGCAACCUGGGACGUCUGGGUUGUGUCAGUGCAACGUCAGCACUCCAGGAGGAAAGACCACUUGCUACCCACCCGCAGCAGGAACCUGUGACAAGCUCUUGUGCUCUGGCAGAACACUACAGGCUGGUUUCCAUGAGUCGCCGCUGGGGGUUGCAGCACUUGCUAGGGAGACUUGGUCCAGAGCCACGGCCGUCUUUCCUCUCUGAAGUGUGUUCCACAGAAAAUCGGAUGUGUAUACUUGUAUAGACUCUGUAAAUAUGUGUUCUUUUCUGUUAUGGGUUCAUGUAUAACUUUUUUCUUUGAAGUUUGCUGGGGCUGAAGGGAUUACAGGUAGAUCUUGACCGCAGCUACAGGUGAGAGGGGCUCAGUUUUCUGCAACACUGUAUGCAAUGCCAAGUGCUGCCGUUUUGGCCUCUUGGGAGGUCACACUUUCUCUAGCACUUGCAACUCUUGGAAGAGAUCCAGGCAUGGGGUAGAAGUUGUGAGCCAGCCCUUUCUGUUCCCUCUUCUCCCCCC